AUUGUGGUUGCCCUCGCCAUCGCCGGCGAACUCGCUCGCCCACCUCCACCUGUGCCGCCGGCGGCGCCGGCUCUCCCUCCCGCCGCCGGCAUCUUCGCGCUCCUCCGUUCUCGGCUCCCCGUCAGCUUGGUUCGCAGCGGUGUGCGGUGGCGUGAGGACGGGGAGCGGUUUCUCGCGGGGCCCAACGUUGCCUCCGGCGGCGGCAACGAGUCCUUCCUCUUCCAGGUGUGGUCAAAUCGUGGUUGCUGAGCCCUUAAAGCAGUGCAAAAAUCUCACCUGGUUUCUAUCCACUGGAAAGAGUUGAGCAUUGGAAUUUAGAAGGCAACUUGGUUUAUUUCCUUGCUGCUGUGACAAAUUCUCACACAGUAAUGGCAACAAGCGGAUCCCUUGAUGAGGUGCAAGAGAUAAAUGUGCACCUGGAAACAGUAGAAAAUGCACUCGUGAAAACAGUGGUUAAUGAGGAUGAUUUUGUCGAUGAGGAAUCAGGAAGUGAUACUGAUGAACAAGCCACAGAAGAUGACUUGGAAAUCAUGGAACCAAAGGAAGGGAUGGCAUUUGCCAGUGUGAAUGAUGCUUUUGUGUUCUAUGAGAGAUAUGCUCAGAAGAAGGGAUUUUCUAUAACAAGGAGAAUCUCAAGCACUUUCCAAUCCUUCACCUUCGCUUGCAGAAGACAAGACAACGCUCAAUGCUCCUCAAACAAUGCAUGGAAGCAUCAUCAGAAUGAAUGUCCAGCUAAGAUAAUUGUGGAUCUUGAUGGUCCUGACGACAAAUUCUUCUUAUCUUCAGUUACGCUUGAGCACAAUCACGAUCUCAGUCCAAGUGAAACAAGUCGAAUGGAAGUUUUCAUAUGUAACAAAAAACUGAUUCGUGUGCUAAAAGAAGAAGGGUGUCAAAUGGGAGAGCAGACAAUCAUGCCAACAAGAAGUCCAGUACUCCUUGCUUGCAAGCUGAAAAUCGCCCAUUUGGUCAAAAGGAUCCCAUGAACAAUUUGCAAUUGGAAAGAAAACUGAAGCUCAGUGAUGCAUAUAGGCUUUAUCAUUACUUCUUCUGCAUGCAGUUCAAGAAUCCUAGCUUUUUCUAUGCUUUGGACUUUGGCAAGGACUCCUGCCUGAGAAAUGUUUUCUGGGCAGAUGCAAGAAGUAGGGCUUCAUGUAAAUAUUUCUCGGAUGUCGUGACAGUUGACACUACAUACUUAAUGAACAAGGAGAGCAUCCCUCUUGUUCCUUUUGUUGGUGUAAAUCAUCACAGGCAGCCGAUUUUGUUGGGAUGUGGACUACUAUCAGAUGAGACCACUGUGACCUUUCUAUAGCUGUUCAAAUCCUGGCUAGCUAUGUCAAAUAAGCCACCAGAAGUCAUAAUUACUGAUCAGUGCGAUGCGAUUCAGGAUGCUAUCGAGAAAGUUUUUCCACAAACUUGUCAUAUAUGGCGUUUACAGUCUGUCAUGAAGAAGAUGCCUGAAAAUCUCAGUGGAUUCUCAGGAUUUCAAAGCAUUGAAAAUGCUUUUUCAACUGUGGUACAUAAUUCAUUGACACAAACUGUUUUUGAAAACAAUUGGAGUAAGAUAAUUGACAAGUUUGGCCUUCAUGGCAGAAGCGCAUGGCUUAAUAUGCUGUUCUGUAAUAGGCAUAAAUGGGUGCCCACUUAUGUGAAAAAUAACUUUUGUGCUGGUAUGUUUUGCACACAAAAUAGUGAAAGCAUUGGUAGUUUAUUUCAUGGAUACAUCAAUUCUACCACAACGUUGGACGAGUUUCUGGACCAAUAUAAUAAAACAAUUGUGGGCAUUGAUUGUAAGGAAACUGAUGCUAACUGGAAAUCCUCACAUGAGGUUGUACCAUGUGUCACCCAUUAUGGCAUUGAGAAGAAAUUCCAGAAGGUUUAUACAAAUAAAAUGUUUGAAGAAUUUCAAGAGCAGCUAAAAGGUAAGAUGUACUGUUAUCCAACUCUUCUGAAACAGGAAGGUUCGGUUUACAUAUUCAAGGUGACGCAAGAUGUUAAAAUUAGGGAGCAACAAUGUAGCUUGGAUUUCACAGUGUGGUGGGACAGAGAUGAUUGUGAUGGAAGAUGUAAAUGCACAUGCCGUCAUUUCGAAUUCCGGGGAAUAUUGUGUAGCCACAUCAUUACCGUACUUGCUCUACUGAAGGUCAAAAAAGUACCCUCCAAAUAUGUAUUGCAGCGAUGGAGAAAGGAUAUGAUUCGGAGACACGGUACCAUUACUAACUGGUCCUAUAAUGAGAUGGUCGACUCACCGGUUGCACGAAGGUUUGAUUUGUUAUGCAAAUCCUUCUAUGAAGUGGCAGAGAAGGCAGUGGUAUCAAAUGAACUGCUCAUGUUGGUGCUGGAUAGUGUUGAAGAAUUAAAACGGAAGGUUGAUGCACAUACAGCGCAAAAUUCAUGAAAUUCAGGUCUCUAAUCCUUCACAGAGCAGACCAUGAGGUGUGAUGAUCAUGAAGCUCCCUUUCUCCUGACAAGAACAACCGACAUUUUCAGCGUCCCCAUAUUCUCAUAUAUCAGCGAGAAUUCUUCACUUUGGACUUGCAAAUCCCUCAGUUUGCCGGCUUUGGAAUUCCAAAGGGAAAGUCACGAUGAGAUCCCUCUUCUACGUGACUUUCCUGGCCAUUUUGUCCAUAAACGUCCAUUCCUCUGCAUGCUUGCGCCUCCUAGCUGAAACUCCAUUGCCGGUGAUCCCAAAUGGCCAGCCAGGAGCACCGGCGCCGCCCCCUCCGGCGAACAUUCCGGUGAACUUGCCGGCCAACGUGCCACCGGAGAUGCCAGCCAACUUGCCGGCCAACGUGCCACCGGAGAUGCUGGCCAGCUUGCCGGCGAACCUUCCGGCCAACGUGCCACCGGAGAUGGUGGCCAGCUUGCCGGCCAACGUGCCACCGGAGACGCUGUCCAAGAUUCCGGCCAACGUGUCACCGGACGUGCUAGCCAACUUGCCGCCGGACGUGCUGGCCAAGCUGCCGGCGAACGUGUCGCCGGAGAUGCUGGCCGACAUGCCGCCGGAGGUGCUGGUGAACCUCCCGCCGGACGUGCAGAAGCAGCUCCCGGCCAACGUCCCGCCGGAGAAGCUGGUCGCCGAGCUCGCGGCGGCGGGGAAGAACCAGCCGGCGGUCGCCGCCGCCGCGGGCAUCCCGCAGAUGCCCAAGAUGCCGGACUUCUCCGGCUUGACCGACCUGUCGUUCCCGCCGAUGCCGUCGGCGAAGAUGCCGUCGAUGCCGCACAACAUCACGCUCUUCGGGUUCGACGUGCAGAUCCCCGAGUUCAUCAACAAGAUGGUGGAUGAAGAAACCACUUAAGCUUGAUCGAGCUUGGCAAUGGCGAUGGCGUCAUCAUUGCCUCGAGUUUUUGUGACAUGGUUGGUGGUGUAAGUUGCGUGCCAUUGUUGUGACCUGUACAGCUUAAUUUCUCUGAAAAGAAGUUGUUUAGAUUUUUGGAGGAAAAUUAGUAUGUGUUGUGUGUGGGAAUAUGGACUAUGGUUUGUGGCCGUGUUGCAUCUUUGCUCAUUUGUGAAUCUCCAAAAGUAUCAAGGGAUUGCCAUUUUUCUGUA